AUGACCGUUCUCUCCCUCCUUCGACAACUGUACUCACUCGACACGCUCGACACGCGCUUUUCCGCAUCCUCGCGUACACCCCCUAAGGUCGACGACAGUGAACCUCUCAAACACACCGGAAGAGAUGCCAGAGAGUCUGAAGACUUGCCACAGGGUGCCUCACACUCGAGAUGGAAUACUCCAGAGUUCUACCUGUACGGUGUGGUGUUCCUCGUUUGCAUUCCUCAAAUGUACUGGGCGGUAGUGCAGGUCUCCCAACCCACGGCACCGAACUACGACAGAUUCCAGCAUCUGCUGUCCCCGGGCUGGCUAUUUGGGCGAAAGGUGGACAACUCUGACUUGCAGUACGCGGGCUUCCGCAACAAUAUCCCAGCACUGGCGGGGCUUGUCGUGCUUCACCCUCUGCUGCGCAAAUUAUACGGGAGGCUGGCCAGCUCAGGGCCAACCUCUCAAGCCAAUGGGUUUACGAAACAGGAGAACAACACACACAUUGCCGAGCGCAGGCGGGACACACGGCUGCGCUUUGACGUGUUCUCAGCGCUGGUCUUCAUUUCGGCUCUCUAUGGGAUUUCGGCCCUCAAGAUCUUAUUGAUCGUGUACAUCAACUUCAACAUUGCUACGACGCUUCCACGCCAUUAUCUACCAGCAGCAACCUGGAUUUUCAAUGUAACAAUACUAUUCGCGAAUGAGCUCACCCGGGGCUAUCCUUUGGCGAGAAUCGCGGCAUUUGUGGCGCCUUGGAGCGGCCAGGCAGUGAAGUACGGUCAAUACUUGGACUCGUAUGGGGGACUGAUGCCCCGGUGGGAGGUGCUCUUCAAGAUCACCAUCUUGCGACUCAUCUCGUUCAAUAUGGACUACUACUGGUCCAUGGACCGGAGUCGUUCUGCCAGUCCUGUCGAGCGGAAAAAGAAGCAACUCGAUUCAUCUGCCCUAUCGGAAAAGGAUCGUAUAUCCACGCCUGCGCCCUCGACAUGUUAUACCUCCUUAUCGGCCUACCUGGCCUACGCGCUCUACCCACCGCUCUACAUCGCCGGGCCGAUCCUGACUUUCAACGACUACAUUUCUCAGUGCACCUACCCACCAACAAGCGUGACUCCUAAGCGCACCAUCCUCUACGGGAUCCGUUUCCUUCUCAUCCUGUUCUGCAUGGAAUUCCUGCUCCACACGACCUAUGUCGUGGCCAUCUCCAAGGCAGCACCUGAUUGGAGUGUCUACACGCCGUUCCAGUUGGCCAUGCUGUCGUACUUCAACCUGCACAUCAUCUGGCUGAAGCUCCUCAUACCCUGGCGCUUCUUCCGCCUAUGGGCACUGGUAGACGGCAUCGAUCCACCAGAGAACAUGGUCCGGUGCAUGUCAGACAACUACUCGACGUUGGCGUUCUGGCGCAGUUGGCACCGCAGCUUCAACCGCUUCACCAUUCGCUACAUCUUCAUCCCGAUGGGCGGCAGUGGAAGAGGCACGAGCAUCCCGCGUACCAUUUUCAACAUGGUCAUCGUCUUCAUGUUUGUCGCACUGUGGCACGACAUCAACCUGCGACUACUGAUGUGGGGUUGGCUUAUUGUGCUCUUCGUGUUGCCUGAGGUCCUCGCCACGCUUGCCUUCCCCAAAUCGAAAUGGAAGGAUCGGCCGACCGCUUAUCGCAUGCUUUGCGGAGUGGGCGCUGUCGCCAACGUGCUGAUGAUGAUGGCGGCGAACCUAGUCGGAUUUGCUGUGGGUUUGGAUGGAUUGCUGGCCAUCGUGCAUGGCAUCGCCGGUAGCUGGGGCGGGAUCGCGUUCUUGGUCACAUCCAUGGUGGUGCUCUUUGUUGGCAUUCAGGUCAUGUUUGAGCACCGGGAGGGGGAGAAGCGCAAAGGAAUAAACAUGAAGUGCUAG